UGGGGCACAAGGGCGGGCCACCCUACUUGGCAGGCUGAGACUGUAAUUUGUGUUAUAUAUAGUGAGUGGAGCUGGCCAGCCAGGGAGGGUAGUGUGGGGCUAUAAGCAGGCCUGGUGCUCAGAGAGCACAAGCCUCAGCUAGGAAGACACGGCGCUGGAACCCAUGGACACUUCAUAUCCCCGUGAGGACCCUCGGGCCCCAUCAUCCCGCAAGGCUGAUGCUGCUGCCCACACAGCCCUCUCCAUAGGAACACCGGGCCCUACGCCACGGGACCAUCUGCUCUGGUCCGUCUUCAGCACGCUGUACCUGAAUCUGUGUUGCCUUGGUUUCCUGGCGCUGGUCCACUCUGUCAAGGCCCGAGACCGGAAGGUAGCUGGGGACCUGGAGGCUGCGAGGCAGUAUGGCUCCCGAGCCAAGUGCUACAACAUCCUGGCUGCCAUGUGGACGCUGGUACCCCCAUUGCUGCUCCUGGCGCUGGUGGUGACUGGCGCCUUGCAUCUGUCCCGGCUAGCCAAGGACUCUGCGGCUUUCUUCAGCACCAAGUUUGACGACGAGGACUAUAAUUGAGAGUUCUGAGCUUGUCCUGAACCAAGGACAACCAUGCCAGGACAUUGCCCCCAGGUGCCCAACACCAGC